UCCAGAAGUCAUUAUGCAACAGCAGCCAACUGUUUAUAAGGCCCCAACUUUACCAGAGGAUCAGAGGAUCUCUGUGAGCUCUUCACUUGAACAGAAUGCUGCGGUACGUUGUAGCCCUCUGUCUGCUGGCUGUGUCCUGGGCACAGGACUGCCAGGUGGCCAACAUCCAGGUCAUGCAGAACUUUGACAAGACAAGGUAUGCAGGGACAUGGUACGCCGUAGCAAAGAAGGACCCAGAGGGUUUGUUCUUACUUGACAACGUUGUGGCUCAGUUUACUAUCGAGGAGGACGGCAAAAUGACCGCCACUGCUAAGGGCAGAGUCAUCAUCCUCAACAAUUGGGAAAUGUGUGCUGACAUGUUUGCCACCUUUGAGGAAACCCCUGACCCUGCCAAGUUCAGAAUGCAUUACUGGGGAAUUGCAUCCUACCUGCAGACUGGAAAUGAUGAUCAUUGGGUGAUCGACACCGACUACGAAAACUACGCCAUCCACUACUCCUGCAGAACAGUAGACUCAGACGGCACUUGCCUGGAUAGCUACUCCUUUGUUUUCUCUCGUCACUCGACCGGUCUUAGGCCAGAGGAUCAGCCCAUUGUCACCCAUAAGAAGGCCCAAGUCUGCCUCCUGGGGAAAUACAGACGCGUUCAACACAAUGGGUUCUGCGAAAACGCCUCACCUUUUGACAUUCAGCAAACCUCUAUGUGAAGCACCUUCUCCUCCUCUGCUUAAGAGAGAAAGCAGCCCAUACCUCUUCAACAUCAAACUAAAAUGGCGAACUAUAAGCUGACACGUUCACAUGCUGUAAACAGAGGGAAGACAACUAGUGGGGCUGGUUUCUUUUCACUUUCCCAAAAUGUCCCUAUUAGUAAGAAAAAGAUUCUGGACUUUUUAAUAUUAAGUCCUAUCCCCAAAAUCUGUCAUGUCUUGUUUUUUUUUGUUGGGGUUUUUUGUUGUUGUUCUUUUUGUUGUACAGGAACUUAAGAGUAGUUUACCUUCUGCAUGGAAACCAGUGGAACUACCCCCCUGGUUCCAGUGGCAAACUAGACAUAUCAUAUCACUGAAAAACAACUUUUGGAGCUUUUCGUUCCAAUGUGAUAAAUAAUCAGCUGUGAAAAUCUCUUAUGAGUGCAGCUGAACUCUAAGCAUUACUGCAGCUCUGGAGCGUUAACGCCAUGUUCACCACAAAACCAGGUUAACAAGUCACUGACUUUGCUUUUACACUGAAGGACAUAAAGUAUCUUGUAGCAUAAAAGUAGAUAUUGUUAAUAAACCAAUACAAACAUAUUAAGUCAUGUGCUAUACAAGCAUAGUAGUUUGGAUUUUACUUGAUUGUAUGAUGUAUACUUUUUGAUCCAGUUUUUGAAAUAAAACAUUCAUACCGUG